AUGUCGGAGAGUGGCUUCUCACAAAUCAUAACGAGUGGGUGCCUUUACACGGAUGCCGAUGCAGGCCCAAACGGGAUACGUCGCUCCGCACAGCGGCGAGGCAUCCAGAUGCAGCAGGAUAUGUCGCUGAAGAGCGAACCAAAGGAAUUUCCCCUGUAUGAGACGGCCUCAUCUGGGGACGUUCGCCGUAUGCUUGUCGAUCACGGAACCUACGCCAAGCGGUUCGAAACCACGCUAACGUCGAUUGACGGCGAAUGGGACGUGAAUCGGUACGACAACUACGAGGCAGACCCGCGAGAACGCGACCGUCGUACGGGCCAGCAUCCGAAACAAGAAACGUACGAAGGGAAUGGAUACUUUCACACGCGCAAUCCCAGAAUGCCCGCGGUUCGGCUAAAGGUGGCCCACCAAGACCCAAUCUCGAUCCGACCGAGAAACAAGAAUCCGCAGAUUGUAAACGUUUGCCAGACGUUUCGCUUUCCGGACAACUUCAUCACGCAAAACAACGCCAACCGGGUGGCACAGCAUCAGGAGCACAUGCUGCAGCAGCAACGUCCCGUCCCAGAACCACGUCGAGCACCGAUUCAACUGCUAUCCCCAUGCCACAGCACCUAUCGCAGCCGAUCGCGACUGGGCGGAUUCUUUGGUGUCUAUCGACGCCACCGAAACAUGCACAGCCAAACGAGCCGUACACUGCUCGAACUGGUGGAAUCCGAGCAGAAGCUGCAGCUGCAGUCCGUGGGAUCGACGGCCGUGCCACGGACGGUGAUGAACCAUUCCUUUGGUGGCCACCGUAUGCCGGAAGAUUCCGUGCUGGCCACAAGCGCAAGUGAAACAUCCAUCGGGGAAGGGACCGAUAUUCAUCCGAGGGUCCCGCCAACGGAACGGAAGGCAAAGAUGGCGCUGGCUCGGGAACCAGCGCGGACGGGAAUAGGUCGCUCAUCACAGGUACCAUACUUCGACCGUACCAAAAGGAACCGAUCGUGUACGAAGCUGGUUGAUGGUGGCGCCACGAUGGGUGGCCAUUAUGGAAGGAGCAGCAGGACACCUGCUGUAUCUAAUGGCGGGAAAUCCGCCCGGUAUUUGGCGAAGCCGAAAGCUGACCAUCGACGCUCACUUGGUGAGGAUGCGCUUGAGUGUCCGUUCGUUGAUGAUCCUUUUGCUUCGAUGACGAGCCGCAAUCGCAACCGACCGUUCAUGGCUGAGGACGCUGACUCGAUCGAUGACAAUGAAGGUUUGGAUGACGAAGAGGACGUAUCGGACGUGGACCCGCUGGAUGAACAGGAUAACGAUCGAGAGGACCUCAACGAGUCGAAUGAUCUAGAAGUGGAUGAAGAGGAAGAACAGGACGACGAGGUUCAAAUGGGUGAUGCUUUUGGGCACCGACGAAGCCACGUGGCGGCUACUGGAGACGCCCGUUCAGCCAGUGUGAAGGAAGGUUCGAUCGGGAUCUCGGGGAUUGUAGACAAGCUGCAGGACAACGUGUGGGAGGUGUGCCUCGAGGGUAUUUGGGAUCUGAUGGAUAUGGCGGGCCGAAUCGACUGGAAGCUGCAGGAGAAGUACAUCACCGUCAUCAACCGGAAGCUGAUCGAGUUUCUCAAAUCUCCAAGGACGGCUCUGUGCCGUUCGGCGUGCCAAGUUUCCGGGGAGCUCUUCCGACAGGCUAAAUCGACGAAGCGACCCGAGUUUGACGAAAUGGUCGAUAUUUUGCUGUGUAAAACGGCGGAUCCGAAUCGGUUCAUUCAGAAGGAUGCCAACGUGGCAUUAGACAAGCUGGUGACGUACAUUCCUACGCCGCAUACUGUACGGGCAAUAUCGAACCGGGGAACAAUCCAUCGGAAUCCACUCGUACGAACUGCAACUGCUCGGUUGCUCGUGUGUGUUUGUGUCGUAUCCGGACUGGAUGCAAUCCUUGGUGCCACGGCCAACACGCGCACGCGCAAAACUAUCCUUUCGAUGUUGGCUAAAUUUCUAACGGACAAAAAUCUCGAAACAAGAAAAUUUGGAGAACGACUUUAUCGCAUGUUGCGAAAGCAUAAAUUUUUCGAUGAAUAUUUCUACAAGGACAUGGACAACAAUCUGCGCACGAAUCUUAAGCGAGUGUUAAAAGGCGUUUAG